AUGUUGGAAAUAAUGAGCUGCUAAUAAUCAACCAAGGCGUCGUCUCCACUUGGUUGUUAUUGUGUGGGUGGCGGUAAGUGCGUGUUCCUUUAAGGGUGGUGUCAAAGCAGCAGGCGGGGAGGAGGAGUGUGAUUGUCCCCGUUCAGUGCUCCAGUACACCGAGAGGGGACUCCGCGAAGAAACAACUCCCACAGACUGGCCGCACGCAGCACACCGCCGCCCGGACUGUUGUGGCACGAAGAAAAGAGUCACUGAGGCAUUUCUGGACUUAUGUUUUGAUGUCGAAAGCCCGACUCGCCAUUUUUUUUGUCUCGUGCCCGGAGUGACAAGACAGAUGCAUGCCGUUUUCAAUGGAUUUGCCUACCCGUGUCGAAGAUUAAUGCGCCUCUCUGGCUGGACACCGCAGGUCCCCCAUGUGAGAUGUGCAGAGUUGCCACUGACACCCAGGAGCCAUGGAAUGUGUAAACAUCUUUCCAGCAAUAUUCCUCUGACUCCUUAUGUUCCCCAUUCAAACAUAGAGGGAGAUAUUCUGACAGUCUACGGCAUACAGUAUUGCCUGGAUUAUCUGUAACCAUGGCUGUUUUUUCACCACAGUGCUGACUGUGUUCACCAGAGAGACUGGUCGCAUUUUUGGGUACUUGGGAAGUGCAUGGCACUGUCAACCAGAUGAUUUAGUUGACAUUUGUUUCCCUGUAGCGCUGCUGAACCAUACAAGGGGAUCCUAGUAUUGAACAUGACUCAUGGGGAGGAGCCUGGCCCUGAGACACACAAAGAUUCAGCUGUUUUAACUUAUCUGGAAGGUUUACUGAUGCAUCCAGUGGUGGCCGGGCCUGGGGCCACGGCAAGCAGGAGGUCUGAGGCUGCCCACAGCAACCAAGAUCAGGGAGAGAAAGUGGGUGGUCCAUUUCAACUACCUACUCAUGGACCCACAGCUCCAAAGGCUGGAACCAAUGGACCGACCCUAGGUGCUUCACAGCACUUGAAGAAGGCCCGUCUCUUGCGCUCUGGAGCUUGGAAUGAUCCAGGCAACCACUGUUUGAGUUCACCACCAUUGGAGCUGAAUGGCCAAGCAGGAGAGCUGAAGAAUGGGUCACAGGAGGAUUCCCCUCAUGGUGGUGAGAGUACUCUUUUGGCUUCCCUGCUUCAGUCAUUCAGUUCACGACUUCAGAAUGUGGCAAUGUCUCAGCACUCAAACAACCCACCAAGUGAGUGUUCCACUCCGUCCACUGCGCCACCUACAGAUAAGGAGCCACUCCCUGUGUAUGGGACCGCCUCAAGCCGCUUGAAGGGCUUAAUGAGAAAGAGCAAACUUCAAAAUCACAGCAACACCCCUUACAGCCGCCGGGGACACAGUCAUGACAGACCACCAGAAUCACCCCGAGCAGCACACAGCGCCACACCCCCUUCUGCAACUACAGCUUCUGAAUCAGUAUCCUGUGCAGACCGUUUGAAGGCUGUCGCCAACAUGGUGAAAAUACGUUCCAGUCCAGCCCCUUCACCCAAGCCUAGUGUUGCCUGCAGCCAGCUCGCCCUACUGUUGUCCAGUGAAGCUCAUCUUCAGCAAUAUUCCAGAGAGCAUGCGCUCAAAGCUCAGCUCUCAGGAAGAUCUGCUAGUGAAAGACUCGCUGCCAUGGCAAACCAGCAACAUGGCCUUGACAAAAGGCCUCCAAGUGUGGGCAGAACUUUGCCAAGGAGUCCAGAGACACUCAGCUCUUUAACAACCCAAAAUGGACUGACAAAGACAAACACACUAACAACAACACUCCCUCGAAUGGCCUUGUCCAGUCCACAUAGCCCCCCUUUGUUGUGUGGGCACUCCCAAAGCUCCUCACCAACUCCCCCACAUGCUCUGAGCCACUUUCACAGCCAACCCCUGAAGCGAGGCUUUGACUCACGACCAACUCGCCCCCCCCAAACAUGCAGCAGUUUGCUGUUGUUGCUACUCAACAACCACAACAACCAGAAGCAACUGACAAAAAAUGGACACCUGGAGGUUAGCUGUAGUGUUCUACCACCAAGCGGCUCUUCGUCAGUUACAUCUGAUAGUGAAUGUUCCAUUCACGAGAAAAGCCUGACCAAGGACAGCAGUGAUGCAGAGACUUCCUACUCAAGAUGUUCUCCCAUGGACCUCUCUAUGCGAAACAGGACCAAAAAACAAGAUACAGGGCCAAAACCUUACACCCCUUGUACCUCUUCUGCCACGUUUUCCAUCCUUCCAACCUGUGUAUCCACUUCUGCCACUGUUGUUUCCUCCAAUGCAACAACAUUCUCUUGUCAUUUAUCUGUUCCAACAACUAAUGCAGUCUUUUCACCGCCGCCCACUGUUGUCUCUUCUCCCUCCAAAGCUAUUUCUUCAUAUUCCUCUUCAUCUAUUUCUACCUCCUCCUUGGAUAAACUAACAGAAUCUUUACUAAAAAAGUGGAAGCCUGAGCCAUCAGGAACAAACAUGGUGAAGAACAAAGAGCAUGAAAUUAACUCAGACAUAAAAUCCCAAUCUAAGGUAACACUAAUGCAGCUUCUGCUUGAGCGCAGAAAUAGUGAUCUUGUAAAUAAGAACACAGAUGAGGAUUUGCCACUUGAUAUAACUAUGGCCACCAUGUCUCGAAGUCAACCUAACCUUGUGUCCUGGGAGGAAUCCAGGACAAAAAGCCCAAUAGAUAAGCCUGUAGCUCCAGCUCAGCCUAGUUGCUCCCUGAGUCGGGACCCAGGUGGUACAUUGUCUCCCCACCCUCCCUCUCCCCAGGUCCAGUCAAGUCCAUUGGAUUUGUGCAAGUCGAAAGCAUUCCCUGUUGAUAAGGGUUCAGAGCCCGCCUUCAGUGCCAGUAAACUGUUACAAAAUUUGGCUCAAUCUGGAAUUACUUCAUCCUCCCCGCCAAUCCCAUCCAGCAGUGUGUUGGGUCAGGAUCUUGAUACCAGCAGGCCCUUAUCCCUAUUGGAAAGACUCAAUGCUCCAACCAACCGGAGUACCACCGCCACCCCAAUCUCUGACAUACCUGCAAGAAGUGGCACUCCUUUAAAUAGGAAGGAAACGUUUCCUCCUCCUUCACAGAUAGAGAACCUUUUGGAGAGGCGCACUGUGUUGCAGCUGCUUCUAGGGGCAGGCUCAACUACUGCUUCAGUCAGCCGCAAAGACAGGCCUGAAAGGAGUGUGGAGUUGGAACGGGGGAGUUAUGACAAAAGCCCCAGUGUCUCAAACAUCUAUGAUAGCGCUGACGUGUCUGCAGUUGAUGUAAGGGUCAAAACAGAGGAGGGGGUGGGGCCAUCGUCAGCCAUGUCUGAGGACUUAAUCAACAGAAAUAGACAGAGCAGCGUUGAAAAACGUAGCUCCCUAUCAGAUGCUGACUUAAAAGCAGAACAUGGACCAGCUGAGGUUAUUGCAAAAUAUGGUCUACUUAGCCAGUUGCUUAAACAUCAGACAGCUUCGUACUAUACCAGUUCUGUUGUGCAGACUGAGUCACAACCCAAACAGGUAAAAGAGGAAAAGAGAGAGUACCCCAGCCCCAGUCCUAAGAAGAGACGCUUAUGUUCCAAGCAGACUGACAGUUUGGACAAUACCAACUCUCCAAGAGCAUUUCAAAGGGGUGACACAAACAUUUUUACCCCUCCUGGUGCUCAGGUAGAACCUGACAAGCAGAGGCUUCCAAAAGAAGAGGAGUUUCCAACCAGGAGCCCACCAAGAGAAACUUUUACCAGAGAGAGUCGGGGAUUCAAUGUGCUCAAACAGCUGCUGCUCUCUGACAACUGCCUGAAAGAGUUGUCUCAGCAGCACCGUGGGGGACCCAGCCCUACCAUCCAGCAGGCCAAUGGUAAGGCUAAUGGCAACAUCCUCUCUCAACCUGCCCAUAACCACAGCUUCCUCCAUGUGCCCAGCUGGCAGCCUCACGGUUCGCUCAACUCAGGGCUUUCGAGUAACGUCAGAACACUGCCCACCCCUCCUGCAAGUGACAGCCUUAUUCGCAGCCCCCGGGGUCAUCACCAAGCACCAUGGCAAGGCACACACAAAAGAGACCCACCGACUCUUGUCAAACAGGAGCCAGAGAGUCACGUUCAAUGGAAUAGUCAGGAGAACGAUGAGAGCUGUGACUCAAACCCGGACUCUCCUCGGCUAUCACGUUCCAACCCUAUCCUGUAUUACAUGUUGCAAAAGGGCAGUGUUCAGCUUAGGAAGGAGCUAAUGAAUCAGGCUGAAGGAACUCAGUCUGUCGUGAAAAUUAAAGAAGAGCCCAUCAGUGACAUGCAUGCCUUUGAACAAAGUCUGAGCUCCACCCCACAAUCACCAACCAACCGCCAUGAAAAGCACAGCCAGGACAAACAGAGGCUGAGUCAGUCAUCUGAAUAGAAGUUGGAUUAUCCAAUAUGACACGAAUAAUUUUUUUGUUUGUUUAUUUUUUCAACUGCUUGCCAUGUUUGUUAUUUUCAACUGCUUGCCAAAUUGGUUGAUAGCGAGAGAGAGAGAGAGAAAGAGAGAGAGCGAGAGAGAAAUGACAAAGAAGGAAAAAAUUAACAAUGCUAGUUAUAAUUGCACACUUAGUCAUUCAGUACUGCAAAGAAGGUCUAUAUUUGGAUAAGUGUACUGCUGAAAAAAAUAACUCCUCAGUAAUGCUCAGGCCUUGUACAUUUUUAUUGUAUUUUUUCCAUGCCCUGUCAUUCGCUACAAUUGUUCAGUUUUGCUUAUAAUUUGUUUGUCAAAAUGAUUGGAUGUAUUUGAUUCUAUAAUAUAACAUAUCACUUUGAAAUGUCCCCAUUGCUAUGUUGCCUACCAUAAAAAAAAUAUUGAUGGCUCCAAAAAAAGGUAGCACUCGCUUCAGUUUUAUUUUCUGCAUCACAAGUUUUAUUUAAACAGGAUAGUCCCAAUGCGCUAUUACAACAGCAUCCAUGAUUGAUUCAACAGAGGAAAACAAUGGUCACUCUGUAGUUGAUACAGUAGCCUUGUUAAAUUUUGACUUAAGGCUCUACGUGUAUUGUAAUAUAAUGAUGGAGUAGAGUUUAUCAACAUAUAUAACAUUUAUUUUUAACAAUUUUUCAAAAAUUUUUUAAAUCAUCCAUCCAUCCAUUGUCUGAGCCGCUUCUCCUCACUAGGGUCGCGGGUGUACUGGAGCCAAUCCCAGCUAUCAUCGGGCAGGAGGCGGGGUACACCCUGAACUGGUUGCCAGCCAAUGACAUUUGUUUCAUUUAUUUUAUUUUUGCUUUUAUUUCCACUUUCGACAGUGCAAAUUCAGGGAAGUGUGUUAGUGGAUUGUGUACUUUUUUAGUUAAUUGGUACCACGGCGCAUGAGUGGUUUUCUGCAAAAUCUGAAAAACUAAGCUUACCACCCCAGUUGAACACGCAUUAUUUAUAUUUGUGCACAAAGUUUGAAUAUGAAGCACAUUGGCUUUUACUCUUAAUUUCUUCUAAAGGAGCACCCAGAGUUUGCACUAUUGAAGCCAAAAUCCUUGUCAUUUACAGAAUAAUAAAAUGGCAUGUGAUAAAAAUGUCAGUGUUGUUAUCUGUUAAGAAAUUGACAGUGAUUUCCACCCCGCCCCUCAUUUCUUAACUGUUGUGGUUUCUAGACGUUUCUGUGGCCGUCUCUUGAAUUCUUUUUAAAAAUGUAAAAAAAUUGCAUGAUACUGAAGAGAAGACCACAGGUUGUUUUCAAAUCGUUGACUAUGCUGUAUUCUUUUAAUUUUCAUUAGACAUGCCGCUUUCUCCACUUAAUAUUGUGAUCUUUUUAAAUACAGAUACAUGUCUCUUCAGUUAUUGAUACACUUUCACAAUGGUUAAAUGUAUUUGUGUAAAUAGUACUUUCAGUAUGAAAGAUGACUAUUUUGUAAUGUUUAAGCAAAGAUAUUACCCUAAUUUUUAUUGGCGCUGAUGUGUAAAUACAAAUUAUAUCCGUAAAGGUGUAUAUACAAACAAAGAGGAGGUUAUGCCCAUUUUUUUGGUUGGAUGGUUUGUUCUUUGCAUGUGUCUGUGGUAAAAAUCUAUUCUGCGCUGUGUUGUGUAAUAAUGUCAGACUCUCCUCACUGCUGCCUGUUGCAUGCAGACGCAUGGGAACUACCUGUGUAUCCCCAUUGGUGAUGGGGGAAAAAUAUUAAGUCUUAAAAAUAGGUCUCUUUUUUUUAAUCACACAAAAGUUUCUUUGAGAAGAUACGGUCUUUAAAUAACCACAGACUGUUUAACAAGUUGAUGAACAAUAUGUGAAUAUAAUCGUGCAUUGAAUAUUUUUGUGAUGAUAUUUUUUUGAGUUACUGGUCAACAAAGCUCUGUGGAAGGGCUUUAGUGAAGAAUUGACGUACAAUCAUAGAUUUGCAUUGUGCAUCUAAGAAUUUGUAGCUGCAAAUACAAAAAAAGGGUGUUUCUUUUUAUUCAUGUGAAGACCUGAAACAAUUCAUUUUUUAUGUUUUCCUUUUUUUGGUGUUCAUUUGCACUGAUAUCUCUGAAAUAAAGUUCUAAAAUGCA